AUGGAGAAGCACUCGCGGCCGAGGAGUCCUCCGCCGCCACCGCCGCCGCCGCCGCCGGCGCAACCGCCACCGCUUCCCGCAGGGACACGCAAAGCCACGCCCCCGCCGCCACCGACGUCCCCGGUGAAGCAGUCGGUGCCCAUCGUGCCUCUGUUGCUGCUCAGCAUGAUGGUCCCGAAGAAAGAGAAGUCGCCUGACCCGUCUGUCUCCCCGCCUGCUGUGUCUCCCUUCCCGCUCUCCGUGUGGCCCACUUUGCUGCACUCGCCCCCAGCGGUGGUGCCUCCCCCUCAGUCACCGGUAUCCAUUCCUGACUCCAUUUCUUCUUCAUUACAUUCCCAAAAUGCACUGGAUCGGAACCAGAUUGUACCUGUCUGUCCUUCAGAGGUCGAUGCGCAGGACACAUUUGCCUCGAUGCCACCACUGCCUGCUGACGUUUUCACUGGCGAAGACAGUUCUUCAUCCUCUGUGAUCAUCAUUUCUCCUCCGCCUCCGGCUGUACCUCGUCCAACGACGAUGCCUCACAGCAAUGAGCAGUUGCGUGCGUUUCCAGUUCCCGCACCGUGGCCGACUUCACUAGAGUUACCAUUUAUACCUCUUCCAUCUGGAGAAUCACGCGUACUGAAGAAAGUAGAGUCAGUAUCACCACAACCUCAACGGACUUUCGCAUCUGUGGGUUUUUUUCCUGAGAAUGUUGCAGACAUACCUCUGCCAGAUGCACCACCUCCACCUCUCUGCAAUGGAUUGUCGAUACCUCUGCCCCCUAGGUCUCUCCUGUCUGCGCCUGGCAGUUCUUUAAACAAUCCUGUGGAGUCCUAUCAUUCUGAUGAAGGCGAAUUUCUUACGUCCUCAAAUCUAGUAGUGGACAUGGAUUUGGAUGAAGAUUCAGCAGAGGAACGAAUGAUCGAGAUAACAGAAAAUGUGCAAAAUAUGAUGUAGGACAUCUGCCAGUGAAUGUAAAUGGGGGGAUUAUACGGGUUGGCAGUUGUAAAUAUGUUUCCCUUGAGUGUAGAUAAGUAUGUUAAUUUUU